AUGGACAACCUCGCCGACCUCGCCUCAACAGUAGGCAACCGCUUCGCCACAAACCUCAAAGGCUCCUUCACCAGCAUGACCCCGGAGCAAAUCAUCCGUCUCGUCAUCAUCGCCGGCGCCUACCUCCUCCUCCGCCCUUACCUCGUCAAACUAGGCAUGCGCGCCCAGAUGCAAUCGCACGAAAAAGAAGAAGCCGCCGAAAAAGAAAAACAAGCGCAGAUCUCAGCCAACGAGCUCCGUGGCAAAGUCGACAUCCCCGACGACACGGACGACGAGGACGACGAGAGUGGGAAAGCGGGCGCGUCCGGACCGGACUGGGGCAAGAAGGCGCGUCGGCGGCAGCGGGCGGUGAUGAAGAAGCUGUUGGAUGCGGAGGAGCAGAGGUUGAGGGAGAGUCGGGAGGAGGAGGAGGAUAAGGAUAUUGAGGAGUUUUUGGUUAAGGAAUGA